AUGGGGUUCGAUGGCACAAGGGUGGACCCCAUCGGGGUAAUUGAUUUAUCUGUUACCGCAGCGAAAAGGACAUUGAAGGAAAACUUUGUUCUGACAGAAAUCCACCCAUCCUAUAAUCUCAUUAUGGGCAGAGGCUGGAUCCACCAAAUGAAUGGGGUCCCGUCUACCCUCCACCAAGUGAUGCGAUGCUUAUCUCCGGGCAGCAAAAAGAGCCUUUUGCCUAAGUACCUGAAGGCAAAGGAGGAAGCCGAAGCUAUAAAACUCAACGAGGAAUCCCUCGAGACCGUCGAAGUUAUCCUUGGCAAUCCUCAGAAAGUCACAUGCGUUCGCUUGGGACCAUUCGAACAUGAUUAUGAUCAUUCGGACAUGAUUGGGAUCAACCCUUCAAUCUCAUGCCACAACCUGAAGGUGAAUCCGGCGUUCAAGCCAGUUAAACAAAGACACAGAAGGUUCACUCCCGAGCGCAAUCGAAUUAUUACUGAAGAUAUGGGCAAGCUGCUUCAGGCAGGCUUCAUCCGAGAAGUGCAUUACCCACAAUUAAUGGCUCUCAAACGUGAUGAUGGUUCAAAAGAAGAAUGGGAAGUGGAGGAUAGCUUUCCUCUACCCAAGAUAGACCAGAUGGUUGAUGCUACCACUGGUUACGAGAGACUUACAUUCCUCGACGCGUAUUCUGGAUACAAUUAG